AGACAUGGAGAGCAUAAGCAGCAUCAGCAGCACAAAUUCAUUUUAAAUCGUCGUAAUUUUUUUAGCUGAUAUAUUCUUUUAUUUCGUAUUUAACUCAAAACUUUGAACAUUGUGUGCGUAGGUCUCAGUAUUGCGUUAUUCAAUUCAAAACAGUCGAUCAACUGAUAACAAUUUUAGUGAUUGGUUUCGAAUUUUGUCGAGUCAUAUUAUUUAGUUUUUUUUUUAUUGCGUCGCGUUAAUUUUAGACACAUGAAUUGGUUAGGUAUGGAAAUUAGUAAAUAAAAUUCAAACGCAUAACGGAAUUUCUUUGUCUUUUUCUUUAUGGCAUUUUGGUGACGACACAUUUCAGCAUAAAACAAUGGCCACAUAUUGUUGACUGGCCAUUUUGUUGGUGUGUGCGUGUGUGUAUCUGUGCAUUGUCCCCCAUACUCACGGGCGAAUGCUAUUCCAUGUCAAUGUAUUCGUAUUGAAUGGUAUGCCAUGAAAUUCUCUGGUUUCAUAUAUGCAGUUCAGUGUUUUUGGAUAGAGGAAGAGCAGUAGCAGUAGCAGUAGCAGGCCAGUCCGUGUGCGUAUCGUUGUGUUAGUGUUUUUGUUGACUUGAAUUUCACAAUGGCAAUGAGUGCGACAGAGAGUCACACAAUGUUGGUGUGACAGAGAGCAUUAAUCGGUUUUUGUGUGUGAACGAUGUACUAAACGGAUUUUUGUUCGACAACGACGUCGAAUACUUUUUUGUAUUCACAUUCGCAUUCGCAUCGUUUGCUGAGUGUGCUGUGUGAACGGAAUGAGCUCUUAGUGUGCUUAGUUGAAGUUGUUCUCUCUCACUUGAUUUCGUGUGUGCAGUAGAUACAUAUACAUUUACAUAAACCUAUAUAAAGAGAGCGAGUGUGUAGUAGAAAGAAGGAAAGAAAAAAAAAUCAAUCAAACGAAGGCGAACGAAAUAUUCGACAUUCAAAACGCAAAAGAAGAGAUUGAAUUUCUCGUUGUCGUGUUUGUGAAAAUAAAGAAAGAAAGAAAGAAAGAAAACGUACGGUAGUGAACGAAAUCUGAAAAAAAAAACGUAGAAGAAAAUCGGGUUGUGUGUGGACAGACAGACAGAGGAAAAAAAAGUGCACAGGGAAUAAAAUAAAAGGAACAAUUUCAGUCGAUGCGAGUGGUUAAAAUAAUUUCUCAAAAUUGAUUGCGAUACGAAUUUAGAAGCGUCAACUGGAACCUCUUGUGGUUGCCAGCCACCGCACAAAAAACAAAGAUUAUCGCAUCCAUUAUCGUCGACGUCGUCGUCGUUGUUGUCGCCUUCAUCUUCAACGUCGUCGGCCAUUGUUAGUUCAAUUAUUGCUGGCAAUAACAUAAUUAAAGACGAACAAAUUACGGGAAAUUCAUAUUUCGACAAUCCGAGUACGAGCAACAGCUACUGCACUGGUAUUUGCAAAAUGCAAGAACAAGGGAGUCUGAACAGCAAUGAUGCUGUCAAUAAUUUGGAAUCGAACGGUCAUGUUUUGAAUGGAAACACGGAAAAUGGUGUGACAACGUUAAACAACGUUGUGCCCGUUAACUUAACGAAAACCGAUCAAGAUAUUGUACGUUUAAUUGGGCAAUAUCUCAAGAUCGUUGGCUUGGGAAAAACGGCUGAUCAUCUGAUUGAAGAGUCUGGUUGUGUCUUGGAACAUGCAUCGGCCACAAAAUUCCGACAGUAUGUCAUGCACGGAGACUGGAUCAAAGCGGAUCACUAUCUUCAGGAAGUGCAACAGCUUAUCGAACGCAAACAAAAUAACAUUGUUGAGAUGAAAUUUUUAUUGUUGGAACAAAAAUAUCUGGAAUAUUUGGAAGAAGGACGUGUUUUGGAGGCACUUCAUGUGCUCAGAAAUGAACUAACUCCAUUGCAAUACAAUACACCACGCGUUCAUCAGCUUUCCUCUCUCAUGAUGUGCGCCAACAGUGAGGAACUCAUUCGCAGAUCCAAUUGGGAAGGAAAGGGUGAUGUUUCACGCACACGUUUGAUUGACCGUCUUCAAUCAUACUUACCACCGAAUGUAAUGUUGCCACCACGUCGCCUAUGCUGUCUGCUGAAACAAGCAGUUCAGUACCAGGCCGAACAAUGCUCAUGCCAUGAUGUUUGUUGGAGAACCGAUUUGGAUAAUGUUUCGCUGCUUACCGACCACGACUGUGGACAAGAAAACUUCCCAGUACAAACAGUACAGGUGUUGAAUGACCACUGUGAUGAGGUGUGGUUCGUGAAAUUUUCACCCGAUGGUCUGAAGCUGGCAACGGGCUCAAAAGAUACGACAGUCAUCAUAUGGGACGUUGAUCCACAAAAGAAUCAAGUGAAAAUGCGUCGAACGCUCGAUGGCCAUACGUAUGGGAUAUCAUUUUUACAAUGGAGCCCCGAUUCAAAGCAUCUCAUGGUCGGCGGCCCCGAAGAGUGUCCAAACAUUUGGAUUUGGAAUAUUGACGAAGAGAAAAUUCCUAUUACCAUGUCGCAUUCAAGCGAAGACAGUCUCACAUGUGGCUCAUUCAGUGCGGACGGUACACGGUUUGUGACCGGUGGCACGCGCGGACAAUUUUAUUUAUGUGAUUUAAAUGGAUCAGUACUUGACAGCUGGGAUGGUGUUCGUGUGACUGGUUUAGCAUUUCGUAGUGACAAUAAAACGAUUUUAGCUGCCGAUACUCAUCAUCGAAUACGAAUCUAUUCCAUCGAUAAUCCACGUUUGGAUUGCACAUUAGUUCAGGAGCAAUUUCCGAUAAUGACAUUUGUUAUCAAUUCAAGUGACCGUUUAGCUUUAUUGAAUUGUUCGUCGCAAGGUUUGCAUCUGUGGGAUUUGGAGGACAAGUGUUUGGUACGGCAAUACCAAGGCACAACACAAGGAACGUACACGAUUUACUCGUGUUUUGGUGGCAUUAACGAAAGCUUUAUCGCUAGUGGGAGCGAAGAUCACAAGGUAUAUAUUUGGCACAUAAAACGCGAAGAACCGUUGGCCAAAUUGACCGGUCACACACGCACCGUAAAUUGUGUUUCAUGGAAUCCAGUCUAUCCGUCAAUGUUGGCAUCGGCAUCGGACGAUGCGACCGUUCGCAUUUGGGCGCCUCGACCAAAUUUCGAUAGCAAUACAGGCAACAACGAAAUUGAUGAAACGUCCUCAUGCUCAUCAUCGUCAUGGAACAUGACAUAAACGUGGUCUCUCAACCUGGAUCAUCAUCAGAACAUUUACUAUUAAAUUGUUAUUAUCAACAGCGACACGAACGGCAAUCUUAUUCAAUCAAACGCGAAAUGAAAAAAGAAAA